AUUAGAAUUUGCUUAUCCGGCCGAUGACACUUCAAUUCACCUGUUUCUCUGAGUUGGAGUCACGAUUUGAAGAAGUUUUCUAGAGAAUUUUAAUAUUUUAGAUAUUAAAGAAUAAAAUGUAAGAACAAUUAAUUUCAAACGAACAAAAAACACACACACACAACAUGGAAUCAUCUACAAAACCUUCAGAAGAUAGCGUUAGCACUAUUAAACUAGGACAUCAAAAGAUGCGUCGUAGGUCUCGUAGUAUGACUCCAUCGUGCAAAGAUAGUUGUUCGGACAGUGGAAGUGGUUCAUUUGACUUAAAAAAGAACAUGGCAGAAGUUAUGGCAUCAGGGGACUUUAGAGGUUCUUAUAAUCAACUUCAUUCUCCAUACGAUUCUGACCAAAGUGGUUCAGGUUUUCGGAAAACUACAGCAGAAAUUAUAAGUGAAGCUAGAACAAUGUUACAUGGAACUAGCAAUAGCGGUGUUCGUUUGGUCAGUACUCGUCGACCCAUCACCCCUAGGGAUCCACGACGACAAUUAUAUGGAAAAGUUGCUCCACCUGGACGUCCACCAAGUGCAUUUAGUCUCCGAUAUCUUCAAUUGGAGGUUCGGAAUCUACCAGCAUUGGACCCAAUUCCAAUGCCAACAAUUGAUAAAGAUUCAAACAAAUCAGCAGCUCCUUUGCAAUCAAUGGGUCCAAAAUUUGAAUCAUUUGACACAAAAUACCAACGGAAGCUUCCUGCACUUCCGCAAAAAGUUAGAACCCCACCCAGAGAAAAUGGUCAAACACCAAACCCAUCGAAGACCAAACUCACCACCAACAAAAAUGCUUCAAAUCAUUUCGAUUUGGAUUCAACAUCAGCUAGCUCAAAGCCAUCAGAGCCACAUCCGUUAGCGUUACCUGCAUUUUGUCAAGAUGAAAAUGAAAACAAUUUAUCAAAUAUUGGAAUAAAUAUUCUUUCAUCGAGAAAACUCUUCGCAAGGAACUAUGACUUGCUGGCGCAAACAUCAACGGAAACCCUUACGGAUAUGCUGAAGGAACAUUCGGGAAUCAAGGAGUGCACCGAUGAAACUAUCCAGCACAUUUAUGCCAUUUUGUUGGAGCUUUACAAUCGUAUUCGAAGUACACAUGGAACAUGGCGCAGUGCAGUCCUCGGAGGUUUAUAUGGCCUUGUUGAAUGCACAUCACCAAAAAUUUUACUCGCAAUUGCAAGGGUUGUCCUUGGGCUUCGUGUUACUGGAAGCAAUCUCACUGGAGCUUGUAAGUUGGUGUUCAAGGUAGCUCGCAACGAAGCUAAUGAUUAUCUAUUUGACGAAACCGAUGUACCGGAGCUUCUUAUCGAUGGACUGGGACGGGCUAGUCCAUUAGACGAACCAGAAGCUUGUAUUUAUGGCUAUGGAGCAGUGCGAUUCCUUACAAGUGACAGCCAACAAAACCGGGAAACAGACGUGGUAGAUUACAAUAAGAACGAUGCAUUUUGGGAGCUGACCAGCGAAUUACCACCAAAGCCCUCAACGGCACCUGAACGAGACACCAAAAUAACAACUUUCCAGUUUCGUAGCAAGCGUCAAAGUUCUCUUAAGCAAAUCUCAAUUGCUCAGCGUCUAUCGAAACAUGGGGCAGUACAAUUGAUGGUUUUGCACUUGCAAAUUGUAAAUGAAGCCGGCGCAAGGAAAAAACUUACUGGACCACCCUUGCAUGCACUGUAUCAAUUAUCAGCUGCAUUGAGAGCCUUGGCUGGAGCCCAACAAGCUAAAAACAUUGAAUUUGACAAUUUACGGGCCCAGUCAGCUCAUGAUCGUGCUUCAGCUGAUAAAAUGACUAGAUAUUUUGGCGAAACAAGCCCUGAAGUUGACUUCAUUCACCUGGAAUUAGCAUGCCCUCAUCUGAUUAAGGCUGCCGAGAUUUCGAUAGGGGAAUUGGAAAUUCAGGCUAACAUUAUAAGGACCUUGAGUGUUCUUUCAGAAGAUAUGAGGUGCUGUGAGGCUCUGGCAGAGUUUACAGGAAAAAUUGGCAUGCUUUUGGGUCCAAGUCGGCAUAUAUUAAGUGAUUCGCCAAAAAAGCUUUUGUCUAUCCUGAGCAGAUUGGGAUAUAUUUUGGGAAAUAUAUUGGCUCGUUUUAAUAGUGCUAGAAUGCAGUUCUAUCAAAACGAUGUGGCAAUGGAGUAUUUGUUCGACGCGUUGGUUUUCUACUCUAAGCAGAAACUAACUUUACAAAAUCAUUUGGGCGACACAGUUGUAGAUGUCCUGAUAAAGUUGAUUCGUGUCAUUGCUAACAUGGGCGUCAAUUGCGAAGUGGGUUGUGGACUGGGCCAGAAGAAUGGACUAGGAGAUAUAUUGCUGCAUAUUCUGAAGAGAUUAAAUCAAAUAAGAGAGACAAAUAUGAACCCUGAAAUGCAAGAACUUUUAAACGCCACUCUUGGUGCUCUCCAUAACUUAUGUUUCUAUCAGGAUCAGUCACCCGAUUCUGUUCCAAUAAGUGGGGAAAAUUGUGAAGGAAGCAUUUCUAAUAUUCUGGUCGAUUUAGGUCCUGUGUUAUGCCAGAAUUUACGAAACGGUCCCGAUCCAGUUCGAAUUGAAGCAAUUCGUGUGUUGGGAAAUCUAAGUCGCAAUCAAAUCGCUCGAAUGGCUUAUUGCAAAGCUGGCGGUCUAAGGACAAUUGUUCACUGUUUAAGUUCUCCGGAAUAUAAUCUUAGAACAAGCGCGGUUGGAGUUUUAGUUAACCUCUUAGGAGAUUGGGAGAAUCGUACUCCAUUCAUGGAACUAAAGGGGCAACUCAUUUUAAUGGAAAUGCUUAAGAUGUACCUUCAACAAGAGGAUUGGUUGGUAGCUGGAAUUAUAUGUCAAGCUUUUUGGAAUCUUCUUAUUGAUACACAUAACGUGAUCAACGUAUUGGGUGAAAAACUAACUGACGAGCUGUCUGAUAUUCUAGCCGAGUAUUUGGAUGAGCAUCGUUUUUUCAAGGGCGUUAGUCCGGAUUCAAUGUGGGAACAAUUUGCAUUGGUGGCAACAGAUCUUUUGGAAAGGAUUCAAUCGAAUCUGGGUUCUCCAUUCCAGUCCUAUGAAUUAGACAGUGGGACCGAUGAAGAUGAUGUUCAUAUCGAGGGUUUAGGUGGAGAUCAAAGUAUUUAAUGCAUAAAAUUAAACUCUACGCAAAAUUAUAAUAAUUGUUAUACGGAUAUAGAUUUUUAAGAUAUUUCAUGUAGUACCAUUUAAUCAAAAAAAAUAAAUUUGAAGAAAGUUGAUCUAAAAAAAGGGGAAACACUUACAAAUAUUAUUAAUAGUUACUUUUUUAACAUAAUUUUUAUUUACAUUCUUUAUCGUGUGUUAUAUGAAUACGAAAAUUCAUACAAUUAAUAAAGCUUACCUUUUCAUCAAAAAAAAGAAAA